AUGCCAAGUGAUAACAUCUUAGUGGACAGUUUGCUGGAAGACCAAGUUUACAUACAGACUGCAACCAUUAAUACGAUGGGAAAGCAAUACGCUUUUCGCUGGAACCGUCCCUCCGGUCUGACAUUCCUCAUCAAACUGUCUGAUGUGCAUGUGCUGCCCGAAUACGAGGACGUGGAUCACGAGAGUGAUAACGAAAUGAUUUUGCGUGCAAAACCGGGUACCUAUGCACACAAACUGCAGGCCACGUUGCUCGAGGUGAUGCAAUCGUUUUGCCGACACCCCAUUCCAAGUUGGUACCAUAUCAGCAUGAAAAUGUUCCGUGAACGUAAUACAGUUGGUCGACGAAAGAUGUGCCGGGAAUCAGGAGCGGAUUCAAAGGUGUGUUCAAUGCGGAACAGGAAUCUGGCUUACUACUACGAGCGAUCACUGAACGAACAAUGUGGACGUAAUCGUGCUGCACCGUUACCGGAAGAGACAAAUUCAUUCUACUGCACACGGGAUACUCCCUUGGUCACAGAACUGUUCGGGGAAUCAGUCGAUGAAACUGUGGUCGACCUGAACGAAACACCUUGUACCGCAUAUGAAAGAACAUGUCUCGCAUGCAUUCGCCAGUCAGAGCGGGAAAUGAGAAAAUCCGAUAUGCAUAUGAAAUGUGCCUACGCCGAAAUGCGAAAUAAACAAAUUUCCGGUGAGUGA